AUAGAUCUCAAGUAACAGAACAAUCAGAAGAUAAAGUCUCAGAGAAUGAAUUAUCUCAAGAUAUGUUGAUUGAUAUUGAGAAGGACAAUCUUGAACAAAGUAAAGAUGUAGUAAAUGUCACAGAUACAUCUCAAGUAACAGAACAAUCAGAAGAUAGAGUCUCAGAGAAUGAAUUAUCUCAAGAUAUGUUAAUUAAUAUUGAAAAUGACAAUCUUGAACAAAGUAAAGAUGUAGUAAAUGUCACAGAUACAUCUCAAGUAACAGAGCAAUCAGAAGAUAGAAUCUCUAUAGCAGAAAUAAAAACAAAAAUAAUGAUAGAUAAUACAUUAUCUUCUGAUAUUUCAAAAACUUGUAUCUUAGAUCAUAAUACUAUAAAAUUUGAAACAUGUAAUUUAAAUAUGAAAGAUUUUAAUGAACUUCUUCACAUGAAUUUUGAAGAAACUUGUCAGAUUACAUCAAAUGGAAAUGUCCUUAGUAUUCAAGAAACUGCUGAAAAAGUUAUAGACAGAAAUGAUAAUGAAAAUUUAAAUUUGAAAGAAUUAUUAAAAGUACAAGAAAAUUGUAAUCAAACUGUUACAGAAAAAUUGUUAAACUGCAUUGAAGAAAAUAACAAUAUAGAUUUAAACAAAAUACAAUCAUCUUCUAAUACAAAUAAAAAUGAUAAUAUUUCUACAAAUAACAUAUGUAAUGUGCUAAAUAAUGAGAGUGAAUUAGCAGUGGAAAAACUGGAAUUGAAUAUUUCAGAAAAAAAAGAUACUCAGUUUAAUAAAGUAGUUCAAGGUAAAUUAAGAGUUUUAUCUAGUGCAGAACUGGGAUCCAGAUGGUGUCCUACACCUAUAAAUAGUGUUCCUACUGUUCCUCAAUCUUCACAUACAGUUACAGUAAUUCAAACAGUUUCUGAUACGACACCUCUAAUUACUGCAUCUGCAUCUACAACAGUUUCUGAGAAUAUAAAAAAAAGUAAUACAGAUUUAAAAUUUGUAGACUCUGUGUAUGUUAGUUGUGUGAAGAUACGUAAUUUAAUUCAAAAAAUACGGCUAUCUUCACUUACUAAUUUAAAUUAUGAUAGAUUAUUAUUUAUAGAAUUCGAAAAUUUAAGAAAAAUAUUGAAUACUGAAGAUUAUGUUGAUCUAGUAGAAGGAGUUAUAGCUAUAUUUAAUACACAAAUGUUAGUAAAUCCAUUAUUAUCAAUAGAAGAAUUGUUCCAUUACACAUCAUCAGUUAAGUCUUAUUAUGCUUCUUCUUUAAAUACGCGUAAAAUUAAUGUAAAUGAAUGUCAAACCAUAAUGCCAACCAACACCGUAGUUGUUUCGACUGAAACAGUACCAAAUCAAGACAAGCAUUGUAAUGAACAGAAUAUAUGGGCAUCUUCUAUGCAAUCUAGGUUACAAUAUUUACUUUCUACUCAGAAAAGUCAAAUAUGUACAAAUAUUACUACAAAACCAACUCAUCAAAAUUUUAAAGAGAAAAUAGUUUCAUCUUCACAAAAUAAUGUUUUUCAAAACAAUGUUGCAGUGAAUCCUAUUAUUUUUACUAAUAAUAACAAUAAUGACAAGAUACAGCAAUAUAACUACAAGAUACAAACACAUAGAAAUUGUUGUCAACAAAAAAUUUCAAAUGUUCAUAUUGAUAAACAGAAACCAAUAACAAACAUGCAUGUUAGACAAAACUUUCCUGUGCAAUACGCUUCAUUUCCAUUUCAUGGAAUUAAUCAACUAGAAAGUGGACAAGUUUCUGCACCAAUCACAAAUAAACCAUUUAUCAACCAACGAUAUAUUCAACCAACUUAUUUUGUACCAACAAAUACAUUUCACAAUGUAAAUAUACAAAAUUAUUCCAUACAACAAAAUAGGGAUGUAACAUGUGUAACUGUGCAAAAUCUAACUAUACCUACCAUGACUCAGCCUAUAAUUCAAAAUACAGUAUAUCAAAAAUCUGUUUUACAACCUAUACUACCAAAUUGUAAUAUAUCACAACCUGUACUAUCAAACUGUCACAUACCACAACCUGUACUAUCAAACUGUCACAUACCACAACCUGUACAAACUAUAGUGACAAUGAAUGUACCACAUUCUGUAUUAAAAAAUACACAACCUGUAAAACCCAAACAACAAAGAGCAAAAAGAAAGGUAUCACAAAAUUAUAUGCCUGAACAAUCACAGAACAUUUACUUACAUAAACCCAAACAAUUAAAGAAAGAAAAUUUAGAAGUUCUAUUAAAUUCAACAAUGAGACUACUCAAUGCAUUGAAAUAUAUUUCUGAUAUCCAAAAACAUACACUAUUUGAACAAAUAAACUUCUAUUUUAGUUGCACCACACAUUUGAAACAAUGGUAUACAUCAGAACAGUGGCAAAAAAUUCAUUCAGAAAGAUUUCUACUAUAUCAUUUUCAGACUACUUUAAAACAUGUGAUAGAAAAGCAUAUUCUUUUGUCAGAUAAAUCUGAAACAAAUAUACUGGCAAACAUUAACACUAAUGCUCCAAAAAUAGUACAAAUUAUAGCAAAGGAAAAUGAAAAAAUUUGUUAUCAAAUUGAAGCAUCUAAAACUAAUCAAGAACAGAAUAAAAUAAUGAGUAUUAAACAGAAUUGCCCAAAUGAUCAAAACAAUUUAAAUGUUAAAACACAAAACCAAUAUGAAAAAGAACAUAAAACAAAUAAUAAUUCACAAAAUAAAAAACUUUCAUAUCUGGAACAGUUAAAUAUGUUAGAUAAGAAAAAGAUACAAAACAAUACAAUAUUUAAGGAUACUUUGUUACAGACAGAUAAUUCCUUGAUUAAAUUAAAUGUACAGAAUUAUCAAACAUCAUCAGAUAACAUUGAUGUAUGUAACAUGAUAGAAAUAGAAAAGGAACAAAAUAUUUCUAAAGAUACAUACAAUUCAAACACUAAAGAACAAAAUUUAAAUGAAUUGGAAAAAAUUGAAAAUAUUCCACAAAUAGUUAAUGAAAAGUUGCUGUUAUCAGAUAUGAAAUUAUUUAAUAAAGACACUCUGCAGCAGUUAAAUCCACAUUUAGUUACUGUAGAAAUUUCUUCUGCAAAUGAUCAAGUAACUGUUAUUAAUACUGCUAGUGGAGAAACUAAAUUAACGAGAGAGGAACUUAAAGAAUAUGAAGAACAUCAACAAGAGAAACUUCAUAUUAACAGUAUAUCAUUAGAAAAUACUAGUGAUAUAUUAGGAGUGUCUUCAUCUAAAUCUCUAAAGAAUGACAUUAAAUACCUUAAUAAUGAACAAUUACAGAAUACUUUAGUAAAAAAACCUAUUAUAUCUCAUAUUAAAGAUGUUAGAAGCAUAUCAAUGGAAGCAUUUUUAAAAAUGGAUGAAUCUAAUAAUGGUCUUUCAAAUACUACAGAAGGAAAUAUUGAAGAGGAAGAAAUGAAAGUAUGUUUAUUUUGUGGUAGACCAAGUACUGUAGCAUGUUCAAUUUGUUUAGAAGCUAAAUAUUGUUCUAAACUAUGUUUUGAACUACAUUGGGAAGAUCAUUAUAAAGAUUGUUUACUUGUAGAAAGA